CGGUAGGUUCAUUCAUUUUUCAUCACCUUCUGUGAAAGACAGGUGAUCACAUGUUAAAUAUUUGAUGACUAAGAAAACAGAUACUUGUCAUAGACACACCAUAAAGCCGAAAACAUGGCAAUAAUACAUGUUAUUUGCUCCAGUCAACACACAAAAACAUACUCGGGAUAAUAACCAAAUUUUAAAAUAAUUCCAGUGAUUAACAGCACAUGACGUUUGGGUUCAAAGACAUUAUUAUAAAAUGUAAACACUUUUCAAAGCUAAUCUGAAUUAGGAUAACACACCUUACAGUAAAUCAUGCAUCAUGUGCUUGUGUGGUUUCAUUGGAAGUUACAUCAAUCUGUCUGAAACUUGUUAAUAGUGUUGCAUUACAGGUGUAUCAGCUUCUUGCAGAGCCAUUUGACACCCAUGAAAGGCAGCUUUCUGCCCUAAGUGAGUCAGGUGACCAAAACUGGGGUACAAUCGCACGUUGAGAUCCCAUCUGCCGGCAGUGUGGAAGCACAGGAGUCAAGAUGACAUUCAUCGCCAAGACCUUCUACGACCUGAGGGCCAAGACGUUGGAGGGAGACACUGUUGAUUUCAACGUGUUUAGGGGUAGAGUGGUCCUGAUAGAAAAUGUGGCCUCGCUCUGAGGCACCACCACCCGGGACUUCUCCGAGCUCAACCAGCUUCAGAGCAAGUACCCACAUCGGCUGGUGGUCCUGGGUUUUCCCUGUAACCAGUUUGGAUACCAGGAGAACUGCUCCAAUGGUGAGAUCCUGAAUUCACUGCAGAAUGUGCGCCCAGGCGGCGGCUUUCAGCCCAACUUUACUAUCUUUGAGAAGUGUGAUGUCAACGGAACAAACACACACCCGGUCUUUGCCUAUCUUAAAGACAAGCUCCACUAUCCCGAUGACGACCCCAACUCCUUCAUGCAGGACCCCAAAUUUCUGGUUUGGAGUCCCAUCAGCAGGACGGACAUCUCUUGGAACUUUGAGAAAUUCCUCGUCGGGCCAGAGGGAGAGCCCUUUAAAAGAUACAGCAAGAAGUUCCCCACCAUUGACAUCGAGCCUGACAUCCAAAGACUAUUAAGAUUAACCAAGACCUAAGAAUAGCUUCCAACAUUUUAAGAUUUCUCAUACAUCACAGUCAAAGCAGAUAUGCUGUCCUCCACACUUUUAAGCCUUAUUACAUGAGGGUGAUAUUCUGAAAUGCUGAGGGAA